UACUGGGCAUUCAUCUUUUCUUUGGAAGUCAUGCAAAAUCAGACCUUUGUCACUGAGUUUGUCUUCCUGGGACUUUCACAGAAUGAAAAUAUUCAGAAAAUAAUAUUUGUCAUAUGUUUGCUGGUCUAUAUUGCAACUAUUGGGGGCAACAUGCUGAUUGUGGUGACCAUUAUCUGCAGCCCUGCACUGCUGGGCUCCCCUAUGUACUUCUUCCUGGCAUUUUUGUCCUUAUUGGAUGCAAGUUUCUCCUCUGCCAUGACACCAAAAAUGAUUGUGGACUCACUCUAUGAGAGGAAAACCAUCUCCUUUGAGGGCUGUAUGAUACAACUUUUUGCUGAACACUUCUUUGGUGGGGCUGAGGUGAUUGUCCUCACAGCCAUGGCCUAUGACCGCUAUGUGGCCAUUUGCAAGCCCUUGCAUUACUCUUCCAUCAUGAACAGGAGGCUCUGUGGCACUCUGGUGGGAGUAGCCUGGACAGGGGGCUUCUUGCACUCCAUCAUACAGAUUAUCUUCACUUUGCAGCUGCCCUUCUGUGGACCCAAUGUCAUUGAUCACUUCAUAUGUGACUUGUACCCAUUACUGCAGCUUGCCUGCACGGACACACACAUUUUUGGCCUUUUGGUGGUGGCCAACAGUGGGUUUAUUUGCAUUAUUAUCUUCUCUUUAUUGCUUGUCUCCUACAGUUUCAUCUUGUUCUCUUUGAGAGCUCAUAGUGCUGAAGGGCGAUUGAAAGCUCUGUCCACCUGUGGAUCCCACAUAGCUGUUGUAAUUUUGUUCUUUGUUCCCUGUAUAUUUACAUAUGCACGACCUCCCACUUCAUUUUCCUUUGACAAAAUGGUAGCACUAUUUUACACCAUGCUAUCUCCCUUGUUUAAUCCUAUGAUUUAUACUUUUAGGAAUAAAGAUAUGAAAAAUGCCAUGAGGAAAGUUUGGAAGAGAUUGGUGGUAUUUUUGGAUGAAAAAUAAAACUUUA